AGGGAAACGAGGCGCAUGGAAAUUCAGGGUCUCAUAAUGAAGUAUGCGCAUCUGGACGAAGUAUAUGGUCGCAUCGGGAACAAAGAGACGGACGACGUGUGUAACAAGAAGCCGAGUGCGGGAAAAAAGCCGGAGCCCUUGUCGGUGGGCGACGUGGUAGUACUGCCGCCGGAGCUGCGCAGCCGCCACCGGCCGCAGAGGCCGCGCCACCUCGUGCGUCGUGCGGCCACGCCGCCUAGCUCCCGCGCACGCUCCUCCGUCAAGGACGACAAGGACGGACAUCUGGUCUACUGGCCCGGAUAUGUCAUGGGAGCGAGAUACAAAAUCAUCGACACGCUCGGUGAGGGCACGUUCGGCAAGGUGGUCGAGGUGAAAGAUUUGGAAUUGGAGCACAGAAUGGCUCUAAAGAUUAUUAAGAACGUUGAGAAGUACAGAGAGGCUGCAAAACUCGAGAUUAACGUUUUAGAAAAAUUGGCCGACGUCGACCCCGACUGUAAAAACCUGUGCGUGAAGAUGCUGGACUGGUUCGAGUACCACGGUCACAUGUGCAUCGCGUUUGAAAUGCUCGGACAGAGUGUGUUCGACUUCCUGAAAGACAACAACUACCAGCCGUACCCGCUGGAGCAGGUGCGGCACAUCUCCUACCAGUUGAUAUACAGCGUGCUGUUCCUGCACGACAACAAGCUCACGCACACCGACCUCAAGCCGGAGAACAUACUGUUCGUCGACAGCGACUACGAGGUCGUCAGCGUCUACACUAGUUCUAAGAAAACACAUGACUUACGGCGCGUGAAACGGAGCGAUGUACGACUCAUCGACUUCGGCAGCGCGACGUUUGACCAUGAACACCACAGCACCAUCGUCUCCACUAGACAUUACAGAGCACCCGAAGUCAUAUUAGAGCUCGGUUGGUCACAACCGUGCGACGUGUGGUCUAUCGGCUGCAUAAUGUUCGAGUUGUACCUCGGCAUCACACUCUUCCAGACACAUGACAACAGGGAACACCUCGCCAUGAUGGAGAGGAUUUUAGGACCCAUACCUUAUAGAAUGGCACGUAAAACUAGGACAAAAUAUUUCUACCACGGUAAAUUAGACUGGGACGAAAAGUCUUCCGCCGGCAGAUACGUCAGAGAGAACUGCAAACCUCUAUUAAGGUAUAUGCAGAGCAACAGCGAGGAGGCGCGGCAGCUGUUCGAGCUGAUCGCGCGCAUGCUGGACUACGAGCCCACGCAGCGCAUCACCCUGCGCGACGCGCUGCGGCACCCCUUCUUCAACAAACUGCCGCCGCACCAGCGGCUCGGACACCAGUUCACAAGACCAUCAUUCCUUAGGCAAUGACCGCGCGCGGUGCAACGGGGAGAGCUCGGGGUCCCGAGAGCGAUCGCUUUCUCUCAGCGCCAGCUACUAGAGAGCGCGCGCGGGGCGUCUGCGCGGGUGUCGGCGAGAGUGUCGGCGAGGGUGUCGGCGCGAAUGUCGGCAAGAGUUUCAGCGAGGGUGUCAGCGAGGGUGUCGGCGCAAGUGUCGGCGCGAGUGUCGACGGGCCGCGUGACGCGUGCGCGCGCCCUUAAGGUGUAAACUUGUACAGUUCUAAUAAAGUGAUAAGUGAUCAUUAUUUUGUCGAACGCUGUAAUCUAGGUAAUACUUUUGUUGUGAAUCGGUACUUCUCAAUUUGUAUUUAUAAAUAAUUAUUAUCGAAAUAAAGACUGUCAGUCUAAAGUUUC